GUGAGACGUAGUCGUCAUCAGAUUCUGAAGUAAAAUGGAACUCACGUCUUUGCGGUUUUUGCAGGGCAAGAAACGAGCGGCUUGCCAGGCGUAAUGGGACGAACGAACAAAAUUCCCCGGACCGAUUCCGGUUGGGCCUGGGUUGUUGACUGUGGUGCGUUCAUAGCUUACUUCACAUCAAUCGGUUAUGUUUCGUCUCUGAGUGUGUAUUUGACUAUCUGGAUGGAUUAUUUUGAGGCCAGUGCAACAACUGUGGGCUUAGUUGUAUCGAUGGGAAUUUUAAUGAGAGGACUUAUGAGUCCCUUGUCGGGUGCACUCUGCACCAAAUUAGGCCCCCGCGUUGUUACGAUGGUGGGUGGUGUUAUCUUCGUGACUGGGGCAGUGUUGUCAUCCCUAUCACCAACGAUAGGAUUCCUUAUAGUCAGCAACGGAUUGACAGCCUCUGGUGGAAGCAUGCUUUAUGUAGCAGAAGUCCAAGCAUUGGGAAUGUACUUCAAGAAAAGGUUUGCCUUCGCCGUUGGUUUAGCAUCAGCGGGCAUAAGUACGGGUCAACUUGCCUUCCCACCUUUAGUUACCUACCUGAUUGAAGUUUACGGCUGGCACGGUUCAAUGUUGAUCACAGCAGCAAUAAAUAUGCACAUCGUAGCUGCUGGAGCACUCAUGCGCCCAAUGGUUAGGGGAAAAACCACGAAAAAACGGCGUGCGCAUAGUGUAACAAAACAAAAUCCUGGCAAAAACGAGACUUGUAGUACCGAUGAAACAGAUCCUGAAGACACCAUGGCAGGUCGU